GCCUCGGGGCCCGCCUGGGGGCCGCCGCCGGGCCAGUACUCGGCGGGCGCCGUGGCGGGGCUGGCGGCAGUGGUGGGCUUCCUCAUCGUUUUCACCGUGGUGGGCAACGUGCUGGUGGUGAUCGCCGUGCUGACCAGCCGGGCGCUGCGUGCGCCGCAGAACCUCUUCCUGGUGUCGCUGGCCUCUGCCGACAUCCUGGUGGCCACUCUGGUCAUGCCCUUCUCGUUGGCCAACGAGCUCAUGGCCUACUGGUACUUCGGGCAGGUGUGGUGCGGCGUGUACCUGGCCCUCGACGUGCUCUUCUGCACCUCGUCCAUCGUGCACCUGUGCGCCAUCAGCCUGGACCGCUACUGGUCCGUGACGCAGGCCGUCGAGUACAACCUGAAGCGCACGCCGCGGCGCGUCAAGGCCACCAUCGUGGCAGUGUGGCUCAUCUCGGCCGUCAUCUCCUUCCCGCCGCUCGUGUCGCUCUACCGCCGGCCCGACGGCGCCGCCUACCCGCAGUGCGGCCUCAACGACGAGACCUGGUACAUCCUGUCCUCCUGCAUCGGCUCCUUCUUCGCGCCCUGCCUCAUCAUGGUCCUGGUCUACGCGCGAAUCUACCGCGUGGCCAAGCUGCGCACCCGCACGCUCAGCGACAAGCUCCCUCCCGGGGGCCGCGACGGCUCGGCAAAGCCUGAGGCGCUUCCUGUGGUGGCUUGA